CUUCACCAUAUAGGCACUGCAUUAUAUAAUUUUCUGAACCAAAUAAAGGCCAUGGUGCGUGAUAUGAUAUCAAGUCCAGGUACACCAACGCAUCGAGGAAAAAGAAUACACCCCAGUCCAGAUCUAGCUGUGGUAUCAAGCAAGCGCGCACCACCACCAUGGCGGAGGCUGUUGUGGGAGUGCUGAUAGGCAAGCUCGGCGCGGCCUUGGCGAAAGGGGCAGCAACCUAUUGUGCAUCGCUGCUCUCCAAGGAAGCUUCUGCCCUCAACAGUCUCUUUGGCCAGAUCCGCAAAGCCGAGGGGGAGCUGGAGAUCAUGAAGGCCUACUUGCGCGACUCAGAAAAGUGCAAGGAUACCAACGAGACCACGGGCAUCUUCAUCAAGAAAAUUCGAGAUCUAGCUUUCCGGAUCGAGGAUGUUGUCGACGAGUUCACCUUCAAGCUCGAGGACGACAAGCAUGGAGGAUUUACAGCCAAGAUGAUGAAGAGGAUCAAGCAUGUCAAGAUUUGGCGUCGUCUAGCUCACGAGCUCAUUGAUAUCAAUGCUGAGCUCGAAGAUGUUGCAAAAAAGAGGGGCCUUUAUGCCAUGCCAGGAAUGGAGAAAUCUGCUGGAGGUUCCAAUGGCCACAAUGCUACAAAUACCAAUCAAACUUUUUAUUUUGCGCAGGAAGAGGAUCUGGUGGGUAUCGAGGAUAAUGUAGACAAGCUGAAACGGUGGCUUGUAGGUGAUUUGGAAGAAAGGAACUACAAAAUCGCCGCAGUUUGGGGGAUGGGUGGAGCAGGUAAAACUACUCUGGUUGAUCAUGUCUAUAAGAUUGUGAAAGUAGAUUUUGGUGCUGCUGCUUGGGUAACUGUGUCACAGAGUUACCAAGUUGAAGACUUGCUGAAGAAGAUUGCUAGAGAGUUGGGUAUCUCAGUUGAUGUUAGCAACAUGGAGAUGAGAAGCCUAGUGGAGGUCACUCGUAACCAUCUUGAAGAGGAUUAUGAAAUGAAGAGGAGGAGGUUAAUAAGGCACUGGAUUACUGCUGGAUUUAUCAAGGGAGAAGAGAACAAAACACUGGAAGAAGCGGCAGAGGGCUGUUUGAAUGGGCUUGUAAAUCGAAGCCUACUACAAGUUGUGCGGAAGAAUUACUUUGGACGAGUGAAAUGUUUCCGAAUGCAUGAUGUCAUCCGCCAUCUUGCCCUCCACAAAGCAGAGAAAGAAUGCUUUGCUAAAGUGUAUGAUGGCUCUAGGACAUUUUCAGCAGACGGCACACGUCGACUGUCAAUCCAGAGCACCAAUAUUGUACCUCUGAGUCAAUCUGAUGCAACACAUCUCCGUGCAAUCCAUGCAUUUACAACUCAUGUUGAUAUGGAUUUGCUGAGGCCUAUCCUUGCACGUUCAAAUUUCCUGUCAACAUUGGAUCUGCAACGCACUCAAAUCAAGAUGUUGCCUAAAGAGGUAUUCUGCUUGUUUAAUCUACGGUUUUUGGGUCUUAGAGAUACUGGAAUUGAGAUUCUACCUGAGGCAGUAGGGAGAUUAAGAAACUUAGAACUACUGGAUGCAAGCGGUACUGCUCUGGUAUCUUUACCAAAAAGUGUAGCAAAACUAAAGAAGCUUAGGUUCCUGUACGCGUGUACUCUGGUCAAAGUUGGAGCUUAUCGAGAAUAUGGUGGAGUUAAGGUGCCUAGGGGCAUAAGGAACUUGACCGGACUGCAUGCUCUGAAAGACAUUAAAGCAACCGUAGAGACUCUAUGCGAUGUUGCAGCUUUGAAGGAGUUAAGAACAUUUGCUGUUACAGAUGUGACAAGUGAGCACUCUUUAAACUUGUGCAGUGCUAUCAUGAACAUGAGCCAUCUUGUCCAUCUGAUAAUUAUUGCAUCAAACGAAAAUGAAGUAUUACCAUUGGAAGCACUCCGUUUACCAGGAACACUUUGUAAACUUGAACUUACAGGGCAGCUGGAAAAAAAAGGGAUGCCUCAGAUUGUCUCAUCCUGGUCGCACCAUAACGACUUAACUCGAUUGUAUCUGAAAUUCUCCAAAAUUGACGAAGACUCAUUUUCUAGCCUCGUGGUGUUACGUGGAUUAUGCGAUCUUACAAUUGUUAAGGCGUAUGAUGGGAAGAAAUUGUACUUCUCUACACUGUCGUUUCCUAGACUCCGAAUACUAAGAAUAGGUGGUGCUCCGCAGCUUAACCAAGUCGAAAUAGAAGAAGGUGCACUGGGAAGCCUUGUUCAGCUAUGGUUUGGAGACUGCCCAGAAUUGAAGCGUCUCCCUUGUGGCAUUGAGUACCUUACAGGCCUUGAGAAAUUAUAUUUGCGAGACACUGCAGAGGAGCUCGUAGAGAAGCUUACGCAUGAGAGUGAAGCAAAUGAAUUCAAUGAAGAUCCUUUGAAGAUUAGGCACAUUAGAAGGGUUAUUGUUGAAUACACUGAGAAAAACGUAUUCCAUGUAAUUAGCCGAGCGAAGGCAUAGACGCUGCUAUUCCCAGUGGUAAGUGUAUCAACUAAUCUCUUUUUUUUUUUUACCAUCGUUCUAUACAUGUAGGCUCAGACGCUCAGUACUUCAAUUUAACAUAUUCGAAGUAAUUAGCAAAUAUAUGUAAGCCCAGACGCUCAGUACUUCCAUUUCUGUGUACAGUUGUUGAUACAUGCCCUGUUGGUUCUUUGUCACAAUUUUCUU